AUGCCCAAACGUCUGAAAAAGCACAAGGAUAUUGAGAAUGCGGAAGCCCAGAUCAAUCAAGCAGAAGACCAAAAAGACGGCACGAACAUCGCUAGACCGCCGCCUUCCAGCCAGCCAGCAAUCCAACUACUUCAGUCAAUCGAAACCUUCCAGUCGAAAGACCUGUGGCAAGCUGCGUAUGACCAGCUCGAUGAGAAGCAGCAGCAGAUUUUGUUACGCACACAAAGCUCUCCCGAAUCAAAGGAUAAGAAAGCUGGCUCGAGAGAGCUGAUCGACGAGAUCAUCCACGUGACAGAAUUGCAAUACGAGGCAUAUCAGCAGAAGUCAGAUAAUACACUCCGGAAAACUUCGCGGAAGAUCAUCGAUGCGUUACUUUCCUAUAAGGACAUCAUUAGUACAGUUGCUGGACUUGAUCCCACACAACAUGCAGCCAGUGCUUGGGCGGUCGUCUCGCUUGGUUUGAAAAUUCCCCAAAACCACCAUGAUGCACGAAAUGCAUUGUUUGAAUCAUCGGAGUACCUGGCCGAUGUUAUUACACAAUGCGCCUUUAUUGAACAGAGAUUCAAGCUUGACAGCGAUUCAGAUAUUCGAGGCCAUGUGGAAACUGCAAUAAUCAAACUCUAUAAGGCUAUUCUGAUCUAUUCAGGACAGAUUCGGAAUUCCCAAGAGCAUGGCGUCGGAAGAAACCUCUCGGACUGUUUCACUGCCAUUACUGGGCACCCACUUACGGAGCUCAAGACCUUAGUCGAAAAAGAAAGAGACAAUUUGCGCCGGUGGACCGAGCUUGGUGGAUACUUGCGCCAUGAAAAGGAAGCAGAAUAUAUUCUUCUCAAAAUCGAGGAGCUUAGUGAAUCCCUGAAGCUUCUUUUGGAACAGUCUAGCCUUAUGCAUCUACAUGUUGUGGAGGGGGCAUUAUAUGACUCUCAUGUUCAUGAACAUGAGGAUUUUUGCCUUCCAGGGACCAGAACCGAGCUUCUUACCCGUAUUACGGAUUGGGUGAAGUCCGAUGAUAAAUUCGUUUUUUGGUUGAAUGGGAUGGCGGGAACGGGGAAGUCUACCAUUGCACGCACAGUUGCACAAGGGUUCAAAGAACAAGGACUGCUUGGUGCCAGCUUCUUUUUCAAGCGGGGCGAAGCCGAGCGUGGUACUGUAUCAUACUUGAUAACCAGUAUCGUGGGACAGCUGGUAACUAGACACAGGCAACUGGUGCCUGAAGUCUUGAGUGCCAUCAAGACUGAUCCGCGGAUUACAUCGAAGUUUCUGAGAGAUCAAUUUCACCAGCUUCUCUAUCAGCCUCUUCUGAAGCUGCAACCGGACCAAUCAACCACGAUUGUGGUCGUUAUUGACGCCUUGGAUGAAUGUGAUGGGGAUGAUAAUAUAAAACUCGUACUUCAUCUCUUGUUCAGAUUACAAGAAAUUCAGUCUGUGCGCUUGCGAGUAGUCUUGACAAGCAGACCUGAACUUCCGAUCCGUCUGGGUUUCAUGAAGGAAGACAACUAUCAGGACCUAGUUCUCCAUGAACUUCCUGCUCCAGUAAUCGAACACGAUAUUCGCGUGUUUCUAGAAUACAAGCUUUCAGCAAUACAACGCGAACACUCACUUCCCUCUGACUGGCCUGGGAAUAAAAGACUUGAGCAACUGGUGCAGAUGGCUCUACCUUUGUUCAUCUUUGCAGCCACCCUUUGCCGCUUUGUUGGGGAUGAAGAUUGGUUUCCGGAAGAGCGUCUUACGGCCGUUCUUCAAGAUGAAGCAACAAAAUCGACAUCAGAUAUGGAUCGGACAUAUCUACCAGUACUGCGCCAACUCCUUAUCGCGAAAAAUAAGAAGGAUUUUGAGCGACUCUUACAAGAGUUUCAGGAUGUUAUCGGCGUGAUUGUUCUUUUGGCCGUCCCUCUCUCAGUUGUCACUCUUGCGCAAUUCACUGGGAUGCCCGAGAAUAAAAUUGUCAAUCGAUUAAAGAGAUUUCACUCUGUUCUAAGUGUCCCAGCGGAUCUCGAAGCACCGCAUUACACUGUCUACGCGUCAUGGAAACUCGGCUCAGGCACAAUAUCUGUGACCUAG